ACUCCGCAGAAAUAGGAUAUUCCUCUCGUUCGUCUAACAAACAUUUGUGCAGGACCCGCUACGUGUCCUUGACGUGGGGUGCAGCAGUGCACACAGCAGAGCCCUCACUCUCCCGGAGCUCAUUAUACAUCUGAGAGGAAGUGGAAGACAUCAGCGGAUGACAAAAUGAAGCUGGGGAGAGCAGCAGAUUGUAAAAUUUGCUCAGCAGUGAGUGAUGAUGUCACCUUGUUCCUGACGGGCACCACUGAAGCAUAUGUCCAAGAAGUGGCGCAAUACCAAAACGAAUCUAUAAUAUUGGAAAAUGCCAAAAGUCUGAAGGAGUGCGUUGAUGGGAAAAUGACAGCGGACGACAAGACAAAUGCUGUCAAUGUGCUGGAGAUUGGGAGGAACCCACCUUUGCCUGCUCAGACCCAGAAGCCAUCCUCCAAACAAACCCGCAGGCUCCUCCCCAGGAAGGGUCCAGUGAGUGUUCAGAAGAGCUUGAUGUCUCUCGUACCCCUUAAGGCCUCACCAGGCUUCCUGACUUUCUCUUUGCAGAAUAAAAUAUAUGCAAGUCCUUUGUGUUAACGGAGCCAUCUCUUCCAGGAGCCUCAAGGAUGUCACUUAACUGAUCACUAACUAAGUAGUCUCAGCAGCCUACCAUGUCCAGGUGUCUGAGUAAAGGAUUCCAGCAAUAAAAGACUUGCAAUCCA